AUGCCUCCAAAGAAGAAAGGAGUUCAAGAGAAACCUAUAUUACUAGGAAGACCUGGUAAUAACUUAAAAUCUGGUAUUGUUGGGUUGGCCAAUGUUGGUAAAUCGACUUUUUUCCAAGCAAUUACAAGGUGUCCGUUGGGUAAUCCCGCCAACUACCCUUUUGCCACAAUUGAACCAGAGGAAGCCAGGGUUAUUGUUCCAAGUGAGAGAUUUGAUAAGUUGUGUCAAUUGUAUAAGCCCAAGAGCGAAGUGCCUGCAUUUUUGACUGUUUACGAUAUUGCUGGUUUGACUAAAGGUGCUCAUGCUGGAGAAGGUUUGGGGAAUAAUUUCUUGGCCAACAUUAGAGCAGUUGAUGCUAUUUUCCAGAUGACCAGAGCAUUCGAUGAUGCCGAUAUUAUACAUAUCAACGACGAGGUGAACCCAGUAGCCGAUUUGGACAUUGUCAAGGAUGAAUUGAGAUUGAAAGAUAUUGAAUUUGCCACGAGAUAUUUAGAGGGCAUUGAGAAAAUUACUAAAAGAGGUGGACAAUCCUUGGAAGUCAAGCAAAAGAAGGAAGAAGCAGAAAUAGUCAAGAAAGUUAUAAAGUUGCUAGAAGAUGGUUCAAGAAUUGCUAAUCAAACAUGGACCACCAAAGAAGUGGAUUGUAUAAACCAAAUGCUUCUAUUAACAGCAAAACCCGUCAUUUAUUUAAUCAACUUGUCUGAAAAGGAUUACAUUAGGAAAAAGAAUAAGCAUCUUUUGAAAAUCAAGGAAUGGGUCGAUGCCAAUUCCCCAGGAGACUUGAUUGUGCCUAUCUCGGUGUCGUUGGAAGAAAAACUAGCUAAUAUGGCUACAGACGAAGAAAGAGAAGCAUACUGUAAAGAAAUUGGCGCUCAAUCGGCAUUGCCCAAGAUUAUUGUUUCCAUGAGACAGAAGUUGGAUUUGAUUUCAUUCUUCACCGGAGGUCCUGAUGAAGUUCGGGAAUGGACUAUUAGAAGAUGGUAUACUGCGCCACAAGCGGCAGGUACUAUUCACACCGAUUUGGAGAGAACAUUUAUUUUGGCACAGGUUAUCAAGUACGAAGACUUGGUGGAGUAUGGAGACGAAGCAAGUGUCAAGGCUGCUGGUAAGUUGCUACAAAAGGGUAAAGAUUAUUACGUUGAGGACGGAGAUAUCAUAUACGUUAAAGCUGCUGAAGGGAAAGCUCGUUAA